UUGUUACUUUGUGAGGUAGGUACUAGGUAAAAGCAGAAGGGGAACUUUAGAAUUUAUUUCACUUUGGGAGAAUCAAAAUCCCAUUUUUCUCGUCUUGCAAUAAAGCGAACCAAAUCUCAAUGUUAUUAUGAUCUGUGGAUCAUUCUACUUAACGCUCUCCAAGUUAUUAUGAUCUGUGGAUCAUUCUACUUAACGCUGGGAUCUGCAGUUUUUUGCUGUAGAAACAAGAAUGCAUCAACCACCUGAAAUAGAAGUAGUUCAGAAAGAGGAGAGAGAGGAAACGACCUUAAUCCAGCAGCAGUCAAGGCGGCCAAAUCUCUCCUCUCUGCAAAUACCUGCAAGGUCUUCAGAGUGUGAUUUAACCAGUUUUACCAGAAUAGAUGUGCCCAGUCCUGGCUCUGCUCGAGCAGGAUUGCCCCCGAGACCAAACUCAGCAAGGCUGAUAUCAUCGGUUAAGAAUUUGAUUCCACAGAAGAGUUUUAGGGCAAAAAAUUUACCACCAGAUGCUGAAAAGACAGUUCUCAUUGUCCCAGAGACACCACUUUCAGAUAAACCUUCAACUUCAAGGUCAUUUUCUCUGAAUAAAAUUUUGUUCUCUUCAUCAACAAAACCAGCUCAUUCAUUACCCGUGACACCAAAGGAGAGUGCUGCCCCCAAGCCCUUUGAGGAUAGUCAAUUGGAUGAUCAUUCAGAAUUACCGAUAUUUGAAGUCCAACAUAUACCACGUUCAUUCUCAGUCCCUGCCAAUGUUAAAAAUAAAAGCUUAAAGAGGAUUGAUUCUUCUGGAAAUUUGAUCCGUGUAAUAUCUUCAUCCGCCAGGCGAAAUGCAGAUAGUGAUGCAUUACCAGACACAACACAAGAAAUAGAAAAUGCUGCUACUGAUGAUAACAGCGAAGACAUUCCAGAGGAAGAGGCUAUUUGCAGAAUUUGUUUUGUUGAGCUCGGGGAAGGAGGUGAAGCGUUUAAAAUGGAGUGCAGCUGCAAAGGAGAGCUUGCGCUUGUUCACAAGGAGUGUAUCUUGAAGUGGUUCAGUAUCAAAGGCAAUAAGUUAUGUGAUGUUUGCAAGCAGGAAGUUCGAAACCUCCCUGUAACAUUGCUAAAGAUACAGAAUCCUUCGACUGCUGUACGGAGGCCAACAACUGGAUCACAACAGCGGGAACCUACUCGUUACAGGGUUUUGCAAGAUGUACCUAUUCUUGUUAUGGUCAGCAUGCUAGCAUAUUUUUGCUUUCUGGAGCAACUCCUGGUGUCUGACAUGGGAGCUCGUGCUCUUGCUUUCUCUUUGCCCUUCUCUUGUGUUUUAGGUUUCGUGUCAUCUAUGAUAGCUUCUACAAUGGUGAGCAAGAGUUACAUAUGGGCUUAUGCUUCUUUCCAGUUUGCGAUAGUGAUAUUAUUUGCUCACAUAUUUUAUGCGGUGCUUAAUGUAAGCGCAAUUCUAUCUGUGAUGCUUUCCUCCUUCACCGGUUUUGGAAUUGCGAUCAGUACCAAUUCACUUCUUGUCGAGUAUUUGCGGUGGAGAGCUAGCCGGCGCCUCCACUCUUCCCCCGAGAACACGAGGAACGAAUCCACCCUCCAGCAAGACCGUCAUAAUCACAAUCAUCCAGUUCAGAGUGCAUGAACCGGAAUCCAGUUUUGCUAACACGUUUCUCGUGUAAAUUCUUGACAGCCAACUCCAUGUAAGCCAAGCUGAGAUGGGGUUUGUCUAAUGCAAAGUUGGAUUGAAUGUUUUUAUAGCUCUAA